AUGGUCAGAUCAGGUCUUGGGAUCAUUGCAAGGAACUGGCGCGGAGAAUUAGUGAGAGCGAAAGGAAUAACUGCGAGGAGGAAAGGAAUUGCAGCCACUGAAGAAGCUCUAGCAAUCAGAGGGGCACUCGAAAUGGCUCAGGUUGCAGGAUGGACAAAUAUAGAAGUCCAAUCUGACUGCAAGCAUGUAGUGAGCCUCAUCAACACGGACAAUGUCCAGGACUGUAGUCUUCAAACAAUCCUGAAAGACAUUGACGUUCAGAAGAAAAAUUUUGAAAGCUGCGCUUUCACUUUUGUACCUAGAACGGUGAAUCAAUGUAGCCAUGAAUUAGCUCAGUUUGCAGCAAAGGCAACUAGAAGCUUUGAAUGGGAAGGUUCUUUCCCAACUUGGCUUUCAAGGCUAGUUAGAAAGGAUAUGGGGGUAGUUACCCCUUUUUGUAAUUAA